AUGGAGCAUAUUUGGAGUUGGUGGGCAGACCCAAAUCAUAAUACAAGCCUGGUGUAGCAAGUGUGCAAUGAAGCACAAUCAAAUUAUGUGAAUGGAAGGUAACCAGAAGUCUCUCCAGAACAGUCCUUCCUCUGCAUGGGGGCUGAAAGCUCCACUGGAAAGAAGACACAGCUCACCCAGCAAGACUUCUUUGGCCGUUCCUCCCACUUCGCUGUUCUCCUGCUUCCCUUCAUUAUCCAAAAGCAAAGGAGCCAGUGCAAGUGGAAGCAGCCGUUGUUCCGGUGGAGGCGUCGUGAGCGCAUCCUCAGCAAGUUCCAAGUUGUUGAAAUCACCCAAAGAGAAACAGCAGCUCAGGGGGAACGCCAGGCCAGUGCACCCCAUUCAGCAAAGUAGAGUCCCCCAUAGAAUCAUGGCGGCCUCUGUCAAAGUGGAGAAGGUCCAUCCGAAGGUGGACGGCACACUACUGAAAUCUGUCGUGGGGCCGGCCUGUCCUGCUGCUGUGAGUUCCUCAGUCAAGUCUGGCCUUACCUGCCCCUCAAUACCAAAGCAAAACUUGCCUUCACCUGGACAGAUCCUGAAUGGUAAAGGGCUUCCUGCACCGCCCACGCCAGAAAAGAAAUCCGAAGACAAUUCUAAUCAUCGGAAAUUUUUAAAUAAGAGAUUAUCAGAAAGAGAGUUUGAUCCUGAUAUACACUGUGGGGUCAUUGAUCUCGACACCAAGAAGCCCUGUACCCGGUCUUUGACAUGCAAGACACAUUCUUUAACCCAACGGAGGGCUGUCCAGGGUAGAAGAAAACGAUUUGAUGUGUUAUUAGCCGAGCACAAAAACAAAACCAGGGAAAAGGAAUCAAUUCGCCAUCUGGACUCUCAGCAACCAACGCAGCCUCUCAGGGACCUGCAUCCUACCCCUCCUAGAACUUCACAGGAGCCACACCAAAACUCUCACGGAGUUAUUCCUUCAGAAUCAAAGCUUUUACUAGCUAGUAAACUUAAACCUCACACCCCCAGUCUUCCAAGGCCUCCAGGCUGCCCUGCUCAGCAAGGUGGGAGUGCCCCCAUUGACCCUCCUCCAGUCCAUGAAUCUCCACACCCUCCCCUGCCUGCCACUGAGCCAGCUUCUCGGUUAUCCAGUGAGGAGGGCGAAGGCGAUGACAAAGAAGAGUCUGUUGAAAAACUGGACUGUCAUUAUUCAGGUCAUCAUCCUCAGCCAGCAUCUUUUUGCACAUUUGGGAGCCGGCAGAUUGGAAGAGGCUAUUAUGUGUUUGACUCCAGGUGGAACCGGCUUCGCUGCGCCCUCAACCUCAUGGUGGAGAAGCAUCUGAAUGCGCAGCUGUGGAAGAAAAUCCCACCAGUGCCCAGCACCACAUCGCCUGUCUCCACACGUGUUCCUCACCGGACAAACUCUGCACUGGCUUCCCCCUGCGGGGUCAGCCAUCUCGCUGUCUCUACACACCCAGCUCUCCUACCAACCACCUGCAUCUCCCCAAGUAGCAAAUCGGUGCCAGCUCAUGGAACCACACUAAAUGCCCAGCCUGCCACUUCUGGAGCAAUGGAUCCCGUGUGCAGUAUGCAGUCCAGACAAGUGUCCUCGUCAUCCUCGUCCCCUUCUACGCCCUCGGGCCUUUCCUCUGUCCCCUCCUCCCCCAUGUCCAGGAAACCUCAGAAGUUAAAACCCAGCAAGUCUUUAAGGCCCAAGGAACCUCCUGGUAACAGCAGUAACUGUCACAGCGCCAGUAGCAGUAACAGUGGCGGCUCAGGAAAGAAACGCAAAAACACUUCUCCACUGUUAAUUCACUCUUCCUCCUCCUCCUCUUCUUCUCAUUCCAUGGAGCCCUUUAGGAAAAACUGUGUGGCACACUCUGGGCCUCCCUACCCCUCAGUGGUCACAUCUUCCCACAGCAUCGGCCUCAACUGUGUGACGACUAAAGCUAACUCGGUGAGCGUCCGGCAUGACCAGUCAGGGAGGGUCCCCGCUGGAGGGAGCCCUGCAGAAUCCAUCAGGAGGAUGAGCGUGAUGGUGAACAGCAGCCAUUCCACUCUUUCUCUUGGCCCGUUCAUUCACCAGUCCAACGAACUGACUGUCAACUCACACACUCCUCUAGACAAACUCAUAGGGAAGAAAAGAAAGUGCUCGCCCGCCUCAAGCAGCAUCAACCACAGCAGCAGCAGCAGCAAACCCACAAAGGUUGCCAAAUUGCCAGCCAUGAACAACGUCCACAUGAAACACACAGGCACCAUCCCAGGGACGCAAGGACUGACGAACAAUUCCCACCUUCAUCAGCCAAAGGCACGUCCCUGACAGCUGAAAAGAGCGCGGGGAGGAAUAAUCUGGACACUUUUGAUGACAAGUUACACCUCCUCUCAACACUCUGGACUCCACGAUGCCUUUGAGUCGGUUUUCCCAACCUCCUGUGGGUCUCCAGGGUAGGAAGCUGCCGGGCUGUUGUUUUAACAAGGAUUUCCCUGAAGCUGUGUCUGUAGCAGUGAGAACUCAUAAAGGACACUGGAUCCAGUUCAGCCACCGAGUUGCUUUUAUCAGUGUUAAAGUGGUCUGGACUGCUGGCUACCAAUCUGUGAGAAGCUUUUGUUUCUGUUCUUUUGUUUUUAAACUUGCAGUCUGUCACGGAACCA